AUGGAAGAUAUUGUAAGAAUGGGUAAAACAUCGUCACAAGAUGUUGUUAACAACUGUAAGACCUCAGAAGUUUCUGCUUGUGGAAAUGUGGAGUCAAGCGUAGGUCUUCCCUGUCAAAAUUAUUGCAAGCAACAUGUUUUUAACGAUGAAUGGCCUGUAAUUGAACAUCCAAUUGCUAGAAAUUUACAGGCACCAAACAUGUCUGCUUCAAAUUCUAGUGGGCCACUUGAGCAUCCUAGCUUGCAUGUAACUGAAAUAUGUUCACACAGGAACAUUGAAUUAGAUGUAGCCCCAGUUUCAUGGAGGGAUGCUGCUUGUGAUGACGUUGAGUCCAAAGAAAUUGAAUCUUCUGUAUCUAGCAAACAUACUCUUUUGAGCAGCAUUACUGGCCUACAAUCUGAUUUCAAUUCUAACUUAAGGACGACUCUUUCCCCUGAUCUUUGUAGUUCUUAUGAGCAUCAUAAAGAUGUGUCAUCUGCUGCUUCAGUUUUCCACCGAUUAACUUUGGGUGCUGACUGUUCACAUUUGAGUUUUGGUACAUAUAACAGCGGAAGUAAUUCGGCAUCUGUUGUUCUUACUUCUAAUCAUCUUUUUAAAAAUGGCAUGGAAGUGAAGUCUGCUGCUGUAGAUAAUUCUUCAGCUCAUUCUGUGGACUAUGGUGAUAAGCAGCUUGCAUUUGAUGUCUCUAGAGGAGAAGCUGGUGAUAAAAACAUUGACGUCCUUUCAUCUCCUAAGCAAUGGCUGGUGAAGCAUAUUGUUCCUGAGGAAACUCUUGAGCAUGACCACAACAUGACAGCAUCUGUAUCAGACCCUAAUUUCCUAAAAUCACACUUGGUGAAUACUUCACUGCCUUUGAAGCAAAUAGGCUUGCAGAGUAGAAACCAUUUUACUUUUCCAAGAGAAUGGUGUGCUGCCUCAAAUUCAAUGCCUGGUGAUGUGUUGGCAUUGCUCAGGUCACAAUCACAACCUGCAAGACACAGUAAUGCUUUACCAUCUAUAAGCUAUCCUGCCAUCUUUAUGUCCAAGGUCAUGGCAUCAGGUGCCUUUCCUCUACCUAUGAGAUCUGUACAUCCCCAGGAGCCCACAGUGCAAUCCUCAACGCAUUUUCUUGAAUUGCUUGACAGGAAAGGAUACCUUUCCCUGCCCUCUCAGCAAUCAUUUCCAGGCAAUACUACAUAUAAGCAAUCUCCAGUAGACAUGAAGUACAACCUUCCGCAAAAUAGAAAUGAAUUCCUUACAAAUAGAUUGCCUCCCCGUGCCACUGCCAGAGAUGCAUUUGGUUAUGGAUUUGGACCUUCUGUUUAUAAUUCUAGAAGCUUUCUGUCUAAUCCAUCUCCUUCUCAUAUGAUACCUUCAAGUAACUUUAACGAGACUUUAUCUUCUUCCUAUAAUGGUGGACUUGACCUAAGCUCUACUAAUCAGCAUGGUAGUUUUUCUCCCUGGGACUAUGGAUCUGAGUCAAGAUCUUCGUUUGUCCCAGAGAGAGCCCAGUAUAAUAACUUUCUGGGGCAGGCAAAUCAGGCUUCCUUGUCACAGUAUGCUAGUCCUGGAUAUUCUAACCUUAAUCAUUCUCAGCCACGGAUUUUAGAAGAACUUCAGCACCCAGGUGGUGUUCAAGAUCUGUCAUCCAAGCAGUUGCAUCAAUUUUGGCAGCACAACAACUAA